UACGCAUACGGCAUAUGCCAUAUUUUUAUGGCAUAAGCCGGUAACCGAGCAGACGAAUCACCUGAUGGUAAGCAAUCGACGCCAUGGACACCUGGAACACCAGAGGCGUAACAAGUGCGUUACCGGCUUUUUGGGGAUUAGGAGUUUGAGGAUCGUUGGGGAUUUAGGGAUUGGGGAGAUUCGGGAAGGGGAGGGUAAUUGGGCCUCCGGUAACCUCACUCACACGACAAAAGCGUUGCAUCACGUCAGUUUUCUGUGAGGCCGUGGUAUCACUCCGGUCGAGCCGGCCCAUUCGUGCCGAAGCAUGGCUCAACACUUAAUUCACGACGGUUUUAUGUGAGACCAUGUAGCCUACAGUAAAAUGUAAUUUUUUGAAUUACUGAUAAUAGUAUGCGCGACCAAGGAUUUUACGUACGUCACACCUAACUUAGUAACUAUUUCAAAUAUUUUAAGAAAUAAUUAUAUAUGUUUGUUUUAAUGAUAAAAAAAAUAUAUAAAUAAGUAUUAUUUUUU